AUGGCCUGCGUCCUAGAUCCUACUAGGAGAAGGCCCCACGACCUAGUGGCCUUUGGGCCCGUGGACCGGCCGCAGGCCCGGUGGCCGACCGGCCCACCCGGCGCCUCCCCGGUCCGACCGGAUUCCUCGCCGGGCCGCCUCCGCCUCGGCUGGGCCUCACGGCCCGCCCUCCCGGCCCGCCCGCGCCUUACCGGGCCGCCCGCGCCCACGCGGCCUGCUCGCCCGAGCGCCGCGUCGCCCAGCUGGGCUGCCUCCCCCCGCGCGCCCCUUGCUCGCCCGCCGCCCUGCGCGCUAUCUUGCCUCGCCGGCCGGUGGGCCGGACCGACCGAGCUGCUCGACCGGCCCGGCCGGUUGCUGCUCCGGUCGACCGGCCUGGCAGCCGGCUGGGGCGACUUUCAGCCUGUUUUUUAUGCGUUUUUCACAUGUUGGUGGGACACAAAGAAUCUUUUCGUUGAGUUGGGUUGCUCCACUGUAUCGGACCGUUUCAUUGGGAGCUUGGAGCAGCUCUUGUGCGACAGUGCAGAUGAUGAGCUAGCUGUUUAUAAUACCAGGAUGGUGCUGUUUUACGGAUUAUCGGCCACCUUUCCUGAUUUUCCUCCCAAGUCCUACCUCCAAAUGUCACCGGUUAGUGCGGCGGUCAUAUGGCCAAUUCCAUCCCGGGCCGGCACUGCGGCCGCCAUCAGUUUGCGCAGCCAUGGAACCUGCAGCAGAAGCGCGAGAGCUUACUGCUCGGCAGCCGCGUCAAGGCUGCCAGCUGACGCCCGUGGAAUCAGGCAGGCGCAGCGGUCGGACGGCCCGGCGACGGUCCUCGCCAUCGGCAAAGAAAACCCAGUGAACUGCAUACCGCAGGACGAGUACGUGGACUGGUACUUCCGGGUCACCAACUGCGAGCACCUCACCAAGCUCAAAGCCAAGAUGAAGAGAAUCAGUCGCAACACGGGGAUCCAGAACCGCUACUUUCACCACGACGAGCAGAUGCUACGGGAUCACCCCGAGUUCCUCGACGGCAGGCUACCGUCCAUCGACGCCCGUCAGGAGAUCCUAGCAGCCGCUGUGCCGGAGCUCGCCGCUGCCGCGGCCGCCAAGGCUAUCGCCGAGUGGGGCCGUCCGGCCGCCGAUAUCACCCACCUGGUCGUCAGCACCUACUCCGGCGCCCACGUGCCUGGGGUUGACCUCCGCGUGGCCUCGCUGCUCGGUCUCCGCCCCAACGUCCAGCGCACCAUGCUCUACCUCAAAGCCUGCUCCGCCGGCUCCGCCGCGCUCCGCGUGACCAAGGACAUGGCCGAGAACAACCGCGGCGCGCGCGUCCUCGUGGUCUGCGCCGACCUGUCUAUCAUCUUCUUCCGCGGGCCAGAUGAGGCCCGCCUCGAUACGGUCGUCGCCCAUACCCUCUUCGGUGACGGUGCAGGCGCCAUUAUCGUCGGCGCCGACCCCGAUACCACUACGGAGAGCCCUAUCUUCGAGAUGGUGUCCUCCUCGCAGGCCACGGUGCCGGGGACUCAACACGUCGUCAGUGGGCACAUCGGCAAAGCUGGCCUACAUUAUAGCCUCUCAAGCGAGCUGCCAUUUUUGGUGGCCAGUAAUAUUGAGCAGUGCCUCCUCGACGUCUUCCAGCCUCUCGGUCAUGUAAUAAGCGGUGGGUGGAACAGCAUGUUCAUGGCGGUGCACCCCGGUGGCCGCGCGAUCUUGGACAGCGUCCAGGCGGCACUCGAGCUAGAGCCUGAGAAGCUGGCAGCUAGUCGCCGGGUGCUUAGGGACUACGGGAAUAUGGCUGGAGUCUCGGUUAUCUUUGUUCUUGAUGAGAUUCGGCGGCGCAGUCAUGGUGAAGAAUGGGGGGUAUUGGUUGGGUUUGGACCGGGGAUCACUGUCGAGACGAUGGUGCUGCGUGCAUGCAACCGGAAACACUGA